AUGUCUGCUCGCGCCCCGGUGCCUGCCGCUCCCUCUGGGGAGGAGCCGCCUGCGGCGGCUGCUGAGGAGCCGCCGUCGCCCGGGGCGAGCAGGCAAGCCGAGCGGGUGCCCACGCCCGAACGGGAGGGCAAGCCGGCGGCGAGGGAGGAAAGGGCCGGGACCGCCACCAGCUUGGGGGCGCGGGGCGAGCCGUCGCCGGCGCCGGUGCUGGGGCACAGCGUGCCCCAGGCGGCCGUACCCGUGAGGCCGCUGGCGCUGCACCUGGCGCACAGGGCGCGCGGGCCGGGGGCCCCCUUCGGAGGGGAGUCGCUGGCGCCACCGCCGCCGCCGCGGGAGCCGCCGGCCGAAGACACCCGGGAGGAGGAGGAGGAGGCGGCGGCCGGCCCUGAAGAAAAGCCGCAGCCGCUGCUGCCCCCGAAGGAGAACCCCUGGACCAAAAAGCCGCCGCAGCACCUGUCCCCGGCCGGGUCGGAGCCGCCGCCCCCGCUGGAAUCCCCGGAAGCAGAGCUCAGUUCCCCCAAAAUUAUAAAAGCAGGAAAACUCAAGACAAAGAAGUCCAGCAAGGCUAGUGAUUUCAGUGAUAUGGCGAAUUGGCCUACGCCAAGUGAAUUAGUGAAUACUGGAUGUCAGGGUGUCAUCAACCAAGGAAAUAAAAAGCUGCAAAAUAAAAAAGAAAGAGAAGACAAAUUUGAAAAGAGAAAUAACAGUGAAAGCAAAGAAAGCCGGGAAACAAAAUUAGAUGGUCCUGGUGAAAAUGUCAGUGAGGAUGAAGCUCAGUCAAGUAAUCAACGAAAGAAAGCUAAUAAGCACAAAUGGGUACCACUCCACUUAGAUGAUGUAAGACCAGAUAGUCAAGAAAGACCAGGAUCACGCAACAGCACAAGAUGUCAACCUGAAACAAAUAAAUCAUCACAUAACAAUCGAAGAAAUGAUACACGAAGUUGGAGACGUGAUAGAGAAAAGAGAGAUGAUCAAGAUGAAGUUUCCAGUGUGAGAAGUGAAGGCGGCAAUAUCCGCGGUUCCUCUAGAGGCCGAGGACGAGGCCGAGGGCGGGGAAGAGGACGAGGCAGAGGACAUUCUAGACUGAACUUUGAUUAUUCAUAUGGUUAUCGAGAACAUGGUGAAAGGACUGAUCAACUAUUUCAAACAGAACUUAAUACCAGUAUGAUGUAUUUCUAUGAUGAUGGUACAGGCGUACAGGUAUAUCCUGUGGAAGAAGCAUUGCUUAAAGAAUAUAUAAAGCGCCAAAUUGAGUAUUACUUCAGCACAGAGAAUUUGGAACGGGACUUCUUUCUUCGGAGAAAGAUGGAUGAGCAAGGCUUCUUGCCCAUUUCCCUGAUUGCUGGUUUCCACCGUGUCCAGGCUCUCACUACAAACCUCAGCCUCAUUCUAGAGGCACUGAAAGAUAGCACAGAAGUGGAAAUUGUGGACGAGAAAAUGAGAAAAAAGAUAGAACCAGAAAAAUGGCCAAUUCCUGGCCCUCCUCCACGUCGGGUGCCACAAACAGACUUCUCUCAGUUGAUUGACUGCCCAGAGUUUGUACCAGGCCAAGCCUUUUGUUCACAUACAGUCAGGGUGAUGAUCUACUGAUGCUCUUGGAUGUCAUUUGAUCGGAAUAUGCAGAGGAAUAGGUGACUCACUGAAAUAUCAUUAAAUAUAUUGGAACAAAUCGUGCUGCAGAAAUGAAAGCGACCAGAGUUACUUCUGUGCAAGAAUGUCUACUCCCAACUCUUUGUGGAGGCAGUUGGGCCAGCACUGCAGUGGAGAUAAACACCUUUGUGAUGAUGAUGAGAGACAGACCAGAGGACUGCUGUUGUUUUUAUAGGAGCUGCCCAUUUGUGUGUAAUUAGCCUGGGCUGCAUGUGCUACUUUUAUUCACGGUGGGAAAGUUCAUUUUCAUUCUGGAAAUAUUACAAGAUUCUGUCUUUUCCUCUUAGACUUAUGUACUUGUGUCCAGAUCAAUAAAGCCAAAAUAGAGAGGCUUGAGUGGCAUUUCCCAGAUUGUUAGGUCCUUUGCUAUUUAAUUUGCUCUUCAAUAUAGUGUAUGUUGUAUAACCUAGAUGUCAUAAUAUUUCACAUGGACUUUAAAAAGAUUUAUUAAUGUGGACACUAAGAUAAAUUUAAGAAAUGAACAAAAGUAUUUUUUCACUCUUAAAAAAUUUAUUUUUGAUACAUUAUUAUGAGACACAUGCCAUCAGUAAAGCACUGAUGGGGACAGUCUCACAUUUUUAUUUAUUGUUUCUUUGAUUGUCAGCCCUCUGCCUCUAAACCUAGAAAGCAAUUUGGGCAAGUGUUUUAAAAUUUGAAGAAUAGUGACAUUUUUUAGGUUUUUAAAUAAAGAUAUGAUAUCUAUGUAAGUUAGAUUAAUUUAUUGUGUAAACGUGGGGUCCAAGAUCACAUUUUUAACCUGCCUGUGAACAGGCAUUAGUUGAGUUAUAUAAAAUAGAAAACAGUUCUUCCGUAGAGUAGCUAAGAUAGGUCAGUCAAGUUGCUGAUGCCUGCCUAUUAGCCAUUUAUGCAUUAUUAAUAAAAUUACAGGAAUAAAACCACAAUGUCUUUGUACAUUUUUGUGUUUUUUUUAAAAAUAUGUACUCAUUUACAUGCACAUACACAUUGCCUGGAAAAAACCAAUCCAUCUGUAAAAUGUUAAAAAAAUUUUGUGUUUUUAGAUUAUACAUCAUACAUCAGAAACAAGAUGGAUGAUGAGGCAUUAUAGAAAGAUGUUUUUUGAGUUAUGCUGGCACAUCGCAUCAUAGGAAUAAUUAUGUAAAUGCAGCCUUUCCCUGCGAAUCCCAAAAUUUCUGACCAUAAUGAUUUCCCUUUGAUACAAAAGACUUAAUUUCCUAACUUCAGUAGAGAGUACUGUCACCAAAUAUUUGAAACAGAAGUAUGGAAUGGGAAAUAUGGAUUGUGUUUAUCUGUACCCAUGAGUACAGAUAAACUAGUGAAACUUUUAUCUGUACCCUUUUUACUCACAUUAUUAGACCUUAAAUUUCAAAAAACAUAAUAACCCUUUGUAUAGACCUAGAGAGAUUCAUGUGAUAAAAUUUUUUUUAAUUUUUUCGUUCUUUUCAUCAAAAAAAAUAAAAUUUCUAUUUUUUCCUCUAUGGAGCUUGAAUUGUCUAACACGGAUUGACCUUUGUGCUGAACAGAGGACCAUAAUACACCAGAAAAGGUUGAUUAUGGGAAUGGUAAGGUGUUUCGAAAUUUAGAUAUUUUAUCAACAGUAAAACAAUUUCGUUCACCAAAAUUGAGACGUCAGGUAUCUGACAAUCUUGGGGGUUUUUUUGUUUGUUUGUUUGCUUGCUUGUAUUUGGCUUUAAAAAAUGUAUAAUGGGAUCUUUAAUAAUUGUUAACUAAACUGUGAGAUUUUCUUUGAAAUAACUGAUCUUCAGAAGUAUUCUUGAAUGCGCUGCACAUAAAAUAUAGAAUCCUUUUAAAGCAGUCUAUAUAAUUACCCAGAGCUGUGAUUCAGAGUGGAUAAAAAAGUCAUGUCAGGUAAAUAUCAUGGAAUGUGUAGGGUAGGGAAAAAGUAGGUUUACAGUUGUUGAGUACAUGAAAUUUUCUUGUAUCAUUAUUAAAUUAUUUUUAUUAUUUCCCACACUAACUUUAAACCUACUUUUACCCCACUUUGGUGUGUGUUUGCUGUUUUGGGUUUUGUUUUGUUUUGAAGAUUUUAUUUAUUUUUAGAGAGAGAGGGCAAGGGAGAGAAAGAGAGGGAGAGAAACAUUGUUGUGCAAGAGGAACAUCAGGUUGUCUCUUGAACCACUCAACUAGGGAUCUGGCUCUCACCCCAGACAUGUGACCUGACAUGGAAUCGAACCAGUGACCUUUUGGUUUGCAGGAUGAUGCUCAACUCUGAGUCACACCAGUCAGAGCUUACUUUAGCCCCACUUUGUAUAAGGUGAUUUCUCUCUGGAGAAUCAUGUUGACAAUUGGCAAUUAAUGGAAAUAGCAAGAAUUUUUUUUUAUUGAGUUCUUAUAAACAAGAAGCCAUAACUGUCAGAGUAUGUGUCUUAAUUUUUUUGCUUAUAAGUUUAAUGUCAAAGUCACAUUCAUAUUUAUUUUGGUCUUGGAAGAUUAGGGCUUUGCUAUUACCAUUAAAAUUAACACACAUGGUUUAAAAUCUUUUCAUGAUUAGAGAAAGCAAUCACGCAUAGUGUAUGUGUAGCUUAAUUAUAGUGUGAAGCCCUUUAAAAACCAAAUUUUCAUGUCUUACCGAAAUUCUUUGGUGUUUUAACGUCAUUUAUUUUAUAAGCAGACAUACUGCGAAUAUAGUGAAACACUUCAUGGGAGAAGCAUUCAAGCUUAAAAAGCAUUUAGAGAUGAUUAUGUAAUAAACUUAAGUAGUUGUUUAAAGAUUACAUUUCUCUGUUGAAAAUAGUGUCAACUGAUUUCCCCAGCACAUGCCAGGUGCUGUUCUAAUUAUUUAUACAUGCACUGUGCAUAAUGGUACUUUACUUAAUUCUCACUCUAAGGUGGUGGUUCUGAGUAUACUUUAAAAACUUUAUUCACUGCAUGCACAUAGAUGAUUUAUAGUAUUAGAAACAGGGUUUACUAUAAAUUUAUUUCUCAUUGAUUGGGGUGGGGAGAGAAACAUGAAUUUGUUGUUCCACUCAUUUAUGCAUUCUUUGGUUGAUUCUUGCAUGUGCCCUGACUGGGGACUGGCGUAUAGGGACGAUGCUCCAAACAGCUGCGCUACCUGGCCAGGGCCCCUCUAUAACUUUGAUAAUGAUGACAGCCCAAAACUAGUAUU